AUUUCUCGAAACUCAUAAGCGUACGGAACACUCAGCUCGUCCGACUUCGGAGAAACCCAAGCAACAAUUUUGGCUGUUCAAUUUCACAAACCCUCCAAAACUGGUGAAAUUCUUCGACAUGAUCUCUUUUGUCUUUCAUCAUUGGAGCUGUUAUCUUCCCUCCGCGCCGCAUUUCGAAUAUCCGUCGCAUAUUCACUCGAAUUAUGCUUCAAAUAUCCUUCCCCUCUUCCUCCAAACCGAGGAAAUUACUAAUUUACUGAUUUUCGUGUUGAUUGGACGGAAUCUGAUUGGAUAAACCCUCACUCUCACUCGCGCUUCGAGUUUUUGGCGUAGUUCAUGAAUUUCCCCCCUUAUAAUUGCUCCUGCAUUUCCCCUUCCAUGCUCUUGCAUUAUAGGGAAAGGGGGAAAAAAGGGGUAUCAAAUUUGUGGUGUUUUGAUUCUUCAUGCCAUCAGUUAUGGGGAGCAGGAGUAAUAGUAAUAGGAAUAAUCGGAUUUUGUUUGUGUGUGAUGCCACGAAGGAUCGCAGCAGCCAUGAGUUUAGGCAUUCGAUUCAUAACGUUCGGAUGCAAGCCACUAAAAUCGUGAAUUCAGGGGAUACGAUUGUGGUUCUUGGGGCGUUGCAUAGGAUCUUACAUCCUAUGGGUUACUCUAUGGAGGUGGUUCCUGAGAAUUUCCUCGGAACAACACAUACACGUGCGAAGGAAGAACAUGUAUCUAAAAAGGUUGAUCUAUAUGUCAACAUGCUCCAGAGGAGUGCUGAAGAAUGUGAAGCAGAAGGGGUAGAUAUACAAGUUAAGGUUACCGCUGGAACUCCUAUGAGGAAGGUUGUCUUGCAAGAAGCUGCAAUUUCUGAACCAACAUGGGUUAUACUUGAUAGGCACCUAAGAAAGGAUUUGAGGUUUUACCUUAGACAUAUACCUUGCAAGGUUGCUCUGGUUCUUGAUAACUUAUCAGUGGAAGUUCUGAGACCAUAUUCCUCUAACAAAGCAAUCGAAUAUGUUGAAGAUAAGCUCUUCUACUCUCUGUCCAAGCCUGUGCCGCUUCUACCAAUUCAUGAUAAUGAAAACAACGAGCAGUCUGUCAUAUCUUUCAGCUACCAUGCCUCUAUGUAUUCGCUAGAAAGCUCUGAUAUGGCAAAGAAUCUGGUUCCCUCAUUGGCAUCCAACUCCAAGGAGCACAGGUCUUCCUCAAGAGAUGAUUUCGGGUCAAAUCCUAGGCUAGAGAAAUCAGGUGGUUCUGAUAAUGGGAAUAGUAAACAUCAUUUUCCUCUGCCAGUGAUACCACAGCAACUGCCCAAGUCCACUUCACAGAAAUCCUCCAACGGGCCUGCUAUGUGCAUGACUUGUGGUUUAAGGACAGAGUUCAAGUCUAUGAGAUAUAGUUAUUCUGAGAUACAGCUUGCAACAGAUGAUUUUUCAUCUGAUAAUUUGCUAGGAGAAGGAGGAUUUGGUCCUGUAUAUCUAGGCAGGCUUAAAGACGGCCAGCGUAUUGCGGCAAAGGUGCAAAGGGAAGCAAGUUCAAUUGGGUCUGCAGAAUUUCAUUCUGAAGUAUAUGUUCUAAGCUUUGCGCGCCAUAAGAACAUUGUGAUGCUGCUGGGCCAUUGUUCCAAAGAAGAUCUUAACAUCUUGGUUUAUGAGUAUAUCUGCAAUAAAUCACUCAACUGGCAUUUAUUUGAAAGUACAGAACAUGUGCUUGAAUGGCACCAAAGGUAUACUAUUGCCAUCGGAAUUGCCAAAGGGCUGCGCUUCCUGCAUGAGGAGUGCCGCGGAAGUCCUAUCAUCCAUCGGGAUGUUCGUCCAGGCAACAUAAUGCUCACUCACGACUUUGUUCCUAUGCUGGGGGAUUUCGGAUUUGCAAAGUGGAAGACGGACGGGGAUGAUGAACAGACAAGAAUUCUAGGCUCCCUUGGCUAUCUUGCACCAGAGUAUGCUGAGAACGGCAUUGUUUCUGUACGGACAGAUGUUUAUGCAUUUGGCAUUGUCUUGAUCCAACUGAUCUCAGGACGCAGGCCCGUGGAUUUGGAUAGAGAUGGCCAACAACUGCCUCUCAGGCACUGGGCGUUACCUCUUAUUGAGACACUUUCACUACGCGAACUCUCCGAUCCCCGUCUUGAAGACUCGUGUAACACGUGUGAACUCUACCACAUGGCUAGAACUGCAUACGCAUGUAUUCAAACUGAACCUCAGAUGCGACCUUCAAUGGCAGAGGCCUUAUCCCUCCUCGAGGGGGAAAACGAUCAUCUCCACCUUCUCACCGACCAAUUAAUUCAUACCUCAUUACAACAAAUAGCAGGUGUUUAAUGACACCGGUGAAUCCACAGGCACUUCCCUUUCUGUAUAUGUUUAUAUAGAAUAGGCUUUUUUACUCGCUACGUCUCGUUUUUCUCGUGCUGUAUAAGACUUGUGCUCUUCAUCAGGAGAGAUGUUUUGAUACUUAUAAUAUGGUUCUGCUUAUGUUUCAAGAGCUUAAUGCAUGAGUUUGUUUGAGCUCUGUUUUCUCUCCA